AUGUGGACAAUCCAAGAUUUUCCAGCGUACAGGAACCUUGCUAUUUGUAAAAAUAAGGGACGUUUCAGUUGUCCCUUAUGUGGUUAUGGUACUCAUUCAGAGUGGCUAAAACAUAGCGAGAAGUUUUCAUAUCGAGGUCAUCGGAAAUUUCUUCAAGAAAACCAUCCAUUUCGGAGUAAAAGAAGUUGGUUUGAUGGAGAAGAAGAGCAUGGAAAUCCGUCAAGAAUCAUGAAUGGGACUACAAUUGCUGAACACCUUAAAGAUUUUGAAUUGUAUGUUCGUCACACUUUGGAUGUGAUGCACAUAGAGAAAAAUGUUUGUGAAAGCAUCUAUAAUACAUUGCUAGAUGUUGCUGGAAAAAGUAAAGAUGGACUAAAAGCUUGCUUGGAUUUGCAACAUAUGGGUAUUAGGAGUGCAUUACACCCACAAGAAAAGGGGACUAGAACCUAUCUUCCUACAACUUUACACACACUAUCAAAGCUUGAGAAAGAAUUAUUUUUUAAAAGGUUGUUCUCAUUGAAAGUACCUGAUGGAUAUAGCUCAAAUAUUCGAAAUUGUGUUUCAAUUGAACAAUGCAAGCUCAUGGGCCUUAAGUCACAUGAUUGCCACAUUUUGAUGCAACAAUUACUACUGGUGGCUAUAAAAGGAUCGAUGCCAAUGGGUCCAAGAGAUGCUAUAAUAAGAUUAUGCAUGUUCUUUAAUCGAAUAUGUCAACGUGUACUUGAUAGAGAAAGCAUAAUGGCAUUAGAAAAUGAUGUUAUUGAAACUUUAUUCUUACUAGAGAGAUUCUUUCCACCAUCAUUUUUUGAUGUCAUGAUUCACUUAGUGGUUCAUGUCGGACGAGAAACACGACUAUGUGGACCAAUCCAAUUUCGAUGGAUGUAUACAUUUGAGAGACACAUGAAGUCAUUGAAAGAUUAUGUCAAAAAUCGAGCAAGGCCUGAAGGUUGUAUUGCGGAGUGUUAUCUUGCAGAUGAGUGUGUGAGCUUUUGUAAUGAAUUCACUGACCAUUCAAUUGAACUAAAAACAAAAGAAGGUCAAAAUGAAGAGUGGUCAAAUGAUGUUCCUAUGCAUUCCUCAAGUUGUGAUGAAACUGAUUUGUUGAAAUGGCUAGCAUAUGGACCCAGAAAACAUGCUGCUUCUUACACUGGAUAUAUUAUCAAUGGUCAAAGAUUCCAUAUACAUGACAUUGAGAAGUCCACACAGAAUAGUGGUGUCUGA